AUCAUAUCAUCCAUCAUUACAUAAGGUACCCGCGUUGUCAUUGGGGAGCUGCGGAACUGCCUUAUGUUAUCGCAAGGUUCCCACUCCUCGUUGGGUCACUGCUCGCUCGCCUUACACCUACAACAUACCAAAAAAGGAAUCCUGGCCUUGGUAGGCGAGCAGAAGAAUCUAUUAUGUACGCGAUUGUUUGAUAUAAUAAACCUCCAAUUUUGAAUCAUGUAUCCUCAUGUUAAUAUCGUCCUUUCACCUUUUCCUACUUUCUCCUGUCUUUUUGCCAACUCUGUCCAUUAUACCCUUCCUAUGUUCAAUUUGGUUGCUUGCAAUAUCCCUGUGUACAAGUUUGUGAUAUCCCAUGCAACAUCGAAAUCAAUUUUUACCCAUUCAAGAUCCGGCGUCAACGUCAACGUCAACCGCAGCGCCAACAGGCAAGAUGCCUUCCAGAAUAUCUUCUCGCGUCAUUGGAAUUGAUGUUGGGGGAACAAAUACAGUAGGUGGUGAUACCAUUCAACCUUUCCAUAAGAAAGCAUACACUGACGAACAGUAACAGGAUGCAGUGAUUUUACAAAAUAAUAAUGUUUUGGCAUGGCAUAAAACACCAACGACUUCAGAUAUUCACGAUGGCGUUGAACAGGCAAUUGCUGCUGUGAUAAAAAGUGCUCAGAUCUCCAAGGAUAGCAUAGACUUUAUCAAGAUUGGGACGACAGUAAGUUGGUCUCGACUACUCGCCUCCGGCGUCUUUUCCUCGAGUCUCGGACUGAAGUUUAUGAUCUUGGCUCGGCUACCUGCCUUCUGAUAUGUCUCCAUCAAGAACUACCAAGUUAGUACUUCUUGUUGCAUAUCCGGUUCACCUUCCUGCUUCUCCGAAAUGUUCUUGUCACUUCCGGUACAUGGUCAUUAUCAUAUCUGAUUCUAUUUUUUCACACAGCAAUUUGUGAAUGCCGUCCUCGAACAGAAUGCUACAAAAUUAGACAAAGUAGCUGUUAUCCGAUUAUGUGGUCCUUACUCGAGGGGCUCACCACCAUUUGGUCAGUUGCAGACCAAUUCUUUCCUACCAAAAAAAGAAGUUUAGCUAAUGCUUGCGACCCUAGUUGGUUUUCCUGAUUCUUUACGGAGGUUAAUGGAAGGCCACUAUGGUUAUGUUGACGGUGGUUUACAACGUACGUUCAGGUGCAUCCUUAGAAUCACACAAAUGUGCUAACCAACUUAAGUUGACGGAACACCAAUCUCCGAAGUAAACAUUGAACAACUUCGGGAACAAGCUUCAAUAAUCAGAUCCAAAUCAAUAUCAAGCGUUGUGGUGAUCGGCAUUUACUCACCAUCUAAUCCAAGACAAGAAGAGUUUGCACGACAAAUCCUCGCUGAAGAAUUAGGGCCACAGUACGAUGUCUCCUGUUCAUAUACUAUUGGAAGAAUAGGAUUCCUUGAGCGCGAAAAUGCUAGCAUUUUAAAUGCAAGUUUGAGGCGGUUUGCCCGUCAUGUCAUUGCUGGAUUUGCACAUGCGGUAAAUGACCUUGGGAAUGCCAGACUAUACAUUACAUUGAAUGAUGGAACUUUAAGCAAAGCAUCAAUAGCUGCAGAGCAUCCUGUCCGAUGUUUCUCUUCCGGUCCGACGAAUAGUGCAAGGGGUGCUGCACUUCUUGCGAAAAACGAGUGUAUGAACCUUGAGGACGAUAGCGAAGUUUUAGUAGUUGAUGUCGGAGGGUAAGAAUUGCUCUCCUUUCCACAUUCCUCGGGAAUUUUGCUGACAAAUUAUAGAACCACCACUGAUAUUUGUGCUCUUCUCAAAUCUGGUUAUCCCAGACAGUCUGCCGCCUUUGUCAAAAUUGCAGGUGUUCGGACCAAUUUCACAAUUCCUGAUGUUUAUAGUAUUGCAUUAGGUGGCGGAUCACUUAUACGCACCAGAAAAUCUGGAAAAACGACAGUUGGUCCAGAUUCUGUAGGACCAAGAUUAGAGAAGGAGAGUAUCGCAUUUGGUGGACAAACUUUGACGGUAUGAACCACCUCCAUCAAAUCUCGGAGUAAGACUUACAUAUCUAGGCUACCGAUCUUGUAUUGUCGAACGAGAGAACCGAAAUGAUCCCCGAUGAACUUAGAAUCGGUGGACAUUCGGAAAUUCAGCGUGCGCUGGAAGUUGCAAUUGAUCAAGUGAAAACAAGACAAGGACAUGCUACGGUGAUUCUUGUGGGCGGAGGUAGCAUUAUUGUGGGGAAGGAUAUUGCUGGAGUAGGACAAGUAAUUAGACCGCAGUAUUUAGAAGUAGCAAAUGCAGUUGGAGCUGCUGUAAGUUGUAUUCCGUCAAUAACUCGCAGGAAUGGCGCUAACUCAGAUGUGUAGAUUGGAAAGAUAAGUGGACAUGUUGACACGGUCGUUACACCAGGAGACAAAACUAUAGAGGAGCAGAUUGAGGAGUCAAAACUACUCGCGAUUCAAAGAUGUGUUGCUGCAGGCGGCGACGAAAAAACGAUCGAAGUUGUUGAAAUCGAAACAUUACCUAUUAAUUACGUCACAAAUGGAUCCGCACAGUUGGUCGUUCGAGUGGUUGGUGAUUUACGAAGCAACGUGGAAAAGGUUCGAGACUUGGACACUCUUCCAAUAACGAUAUCGACUUUCAAGCCCAGACGGGCAGAUUCCGGAUAUAGUGCGAGUGGCUUGGAUAGUCCUAUUGAUGCAAAAGCGUCAACUUACGACAUUCUCGAACACAUUGAUGUAGAAUCCUAUCGUCCCCGGAUUGAGGGUGAUAUAUGGCAUCUUUCUGAAAUUGACCUCAAAUUUCUCAUGGAUGGUACAGGGGUACUGGGUGUUGGAAGUUGUGGUGAACCAUAUCCCAGUUACAUUGCUUGUAUGGUGGCACUUGAGAGUGGCGAGGGGUUAAGGAUUAGGAGGCAAGACACUAUUCCGGAUGAUGCAUUGAUUUUUACUUCUGGGUUUAUGGUAUGUUAAAUUGAAAGUUGUCUAAAGAGACAUGACUGAUUAUUUUUAGGGAUCACCGACAGUCUACCUGGAACGUAUACCGGGUCUAAAUGAGUAAGUUCCCAUCACAAUAUUUAUAAUUCAUCAUUUAAUUAAUGCAUGCUUACCAAUAUUCUAGAAUUACCGAUACAGUAAAAGCUCUCAUGUCAGCUACUGGUCAUUCCUCAUUUGACGCAACAAUACCAUAUGAAAUUGGUGGCAUGAAUUCAUUUGAAGCCCUUCUCAGUGCCCACCGAUUUGGAAAACCUACUCUCGAUAGUGAUUGUGUAUCACGAGCAUAUCCUAUGGUUUGGCAAACGGUAAGAUGCCUGAAAGGUGUCCCAGUCACUCCGGCUGCUGUUGCCAAUGGAUGUGGAGGUACCGAAGUAUUUAUGACCUCAGAAGAUGCUGAAGAAGCAGAGACUCUUAUGCGGGAUGCAUGCACAAAACAAGGUUCCUUAUCCGGAAUGGUGGUUAACCCUAUAAGUGGCAAAGAAGCAAGGACGCUUCCAUCUAAUAGUUAUUCAUGGGCAUGGCAAAUCGGUCGAUCAAUCGCGAUUGCUCGCGCCAAAAAAGUAGAUCCAGUCAAAGAUCUCAUGAAAUCACAAAACGGAACAUUACUUUUCACUGGGAAAGUUGUCAGUGUCACGAGAAAAGUAGCGGAAGGAUUUACUAGAGGCAGUGUUUUGUUGGAUUAUGUUGCUAACUCCACAUCAAACACGGUUGUUGGUGAUGAAUCUGCACCAUCAUUAUAUGUUGAGUUCGAGAACGAAAACUUAUGCGCCAUUCUAAAGACACCGGGGAAAGAUGACGUUGUUUUGGCAGUUUGUCCAGAUUUAAUUGUCUUUUUGGAUAUUGCAAAUGGGGCACCACUUGGAAUAUCAGAUUAUAAAUAUGGGCUUAGAGUUAGUGUCAUUGCUUUAAAAGCGCCGGCGGUCUGGACAACAGAGGAGGGAUUGAAGAUGGGAGGACCAAGAGCUUUUGGCUUGGAUAUGGACUAUGUUGGUGUGUGUGCGGAAAGUGAAUAUGAAGCUCCAAAGAGUGUUUGGGAACUAUUUGGGGAUGAGGUCGAGAACAAACUAUAAAAGUACCAUGCGGUUCAUGGUCUGGUCGGGAAGAUAUCAAACUAGUGCAUCUUAUGAGCGACUUGCGAUGGACUAAUUAUUAGAGAGAUAUCCCAUUGUUUUUACAAUACUAUUUAUGAAUGGAAGGGUAACGGGGUAGCAGGAUAGGGUAAUCUUUCAUACACUGAUAGAUCAAAAAUAAAGAUCACAUCAUAUGGUUCAUCUGUGCUUUGUUAAUGAAAGUCUUUGAGAUUUCUCAAUAUUGGUAAGGUUAUUUUGCUUUGACGUUGA